CCGUCUCGUGGGGACCGCCGCCGCCGCGUGCUGCCUGUGGACUUUACUGAGGGCCGUCGCGCAGCGGGAGACAUGCUCAAGAUGCGACAGCUGCAGCGGCUUCUUCUGCUGUUCGUCUUCUUGGUGCGGACGGUUGCGGAAGAGUCGGCCAACAGCAUCUUACAUCGGCAGCAAGACGAUCACGGGAACUACGAGUUUGGAUUCAAUAUCGAGGGCCUAGCGUGGGACCAAUUUCAGCAAGAAUCCGGUGACGCACUCGGCCGCAAGACGGGUGCCUAUGGUUUCCGCGACACAGACGGUCGCCUCAGGCUCGUCGAAUACGUGGCCGACGAGCUUGGAUUCCGGGUAAAGGUUCAGACCAACGAGCCCGGAACUAAAGACACCGCAAUGCCGUCUGCUGUAAUAGACGCAAACACACCUGCCUCCAGCGUCGCGCCCGAUGCCCCUGCAUCGACGUCGUCAUCGACGCCUUCGGAGAGCACCCGCGAACCGAUCGUGUCUCCGCCGCCAGCACGACUACUACGACGGCUCUCUCCCUUGCCUCCUAUGCUGCCGCGCAGCUUGGCUGCCGCCAUGGUAAGCAAGGUUCCCUCCGCCAGUGAGCGAGAUGCGAAAUUCGCGAAAACCUCGGACCAUCAGGUGGAUGCACAGGAACCACAGCGAGAACAAACGUCAUCGUCUCUCAGGCUUCCGCCCUCCAAGAGCCUAUCGGAGAAGUUCGAGACUCCGCUGUUGCCCACAGGAGCGGUGAAGAUGGACGCCCACCCUGCGCUCCGUCAUUACAGCCCUAAUAUAUUCCAGCUCGGACGGCCCGUCUACCUAGGGCACGCUGCGCCCUCCCCAUACUAUCAAAACCAUCCUCCUCCUAACCAAUACCAUCACUCGUCCGCUGGUCCCUCGGCUGCUGGCGUGCCGUACGCACCGCCGCCUCAGCCGAGAGACAACCGUGCCAAGGGUGCAGCGCUUGUUCCGAAAGAAGUGAACGGCAGAAUAGUGCCUCAGGUGGCCCUAAUCAGAGCCGACGGCACCCUGUCCACUGACGAACCGUAUCCAGCCGGCGGUUAUCCUCAGCGACCGCAGCAGGCACCUCGGCCGCACCCUAACGUGUACCAUCGGGCAGCGCUGCCGCUUCCUGGGCCGCAACUAUUCUCGAGCCAUCAGAACACCCCAAACGUCGGAAACAUAUUUCCCAUCAACACAGUGCACCCAGGGAGUCUAGGCUUCCCUGCAGGGCAAUUCCCAUUUUAUGGCCCCGGAGGUUACUACGGUCAGAGUGGCCCGUCGGUACUGACACCCCAGCAGCAGCAACAGCAACAGCUGCCACCUUCUGUUCCCGGCUACCAGCCGCUUCCUCAGGGGCUCACCGUCAACUACUUCCUAGCCAACUCACUUCCGCUCACCGGUCGACCAGUGCAAGCAGCGCCGCCGGUACAACCACAGCCACGACCCAAUCAACAAUCACAUCUUCCACAGCUCCAGCGGCCCCGCGUCAUCGAUCCAGCGUACCUCUCACAACGGGUAGAUCCGGUAUCUUUGCAUGCGGCACCACUAACGCCACCUCAGUCACAAUCCGUGGUGCCGUCAUUGCCUGAUGGACCUCAAGUCUUGUACGGCCAGAGACUGUACCCGCAAGCUCGCCAGAGCUUCGACUUUCAGGAAGCCAUUCCUUACCGUGCCUCUCGUGCCGCACCUGGCAUUCAAGAAGAGUACGUGCCGUCGCCUGCGCUUCCUUUGCAGGACGACUACGCACGUCGGCUGCCCCCUUCAUACGCUUCACAGCAGCGACAACAUGAAGCAGUGCCAGCGGCUUGAGUGAAAGCGUUCCUGGCGACACCGACAUUGUACAGACUGGCGCGGCACCAAUGCCGUUCUCGUACGAGACCACUACCAGGCUAGAAGUGGUUCCUAUUUGGAGGUCGUUGCCUAAAACGCCACGCAUUGUGCAAUCACCAUUUUGGUUACGUUUAAGUAGUAAACAACUAAACAGGCGUGCAACGUUACGCGCAAGUCACCGGACAGUGCAUGUCACGUAUCCGUGUACAGAGAUGUGGCGUGUAUUCCUCCAUUGCAAUGACUGCUAUAGGGGAGCGUCCUGGGCCUAAAGAGCCUCAGGCCAGUAUGAGGAAACUAUUUAUAGAUUUAUUGUUUUUCGUAAUCACUGUGUCUGUCCCAUAAAUGCACAUAACGUUUAAUUCAUGAACAAGAGCACCGCCCUCACGCAUGCUUUGCUUUACAGACUUUACUUAAAGCACGUGGAUGAAACAGCUGUACCUGGAGGAACAUUGUCAGCAAACUCGCGCUUAUCAGAACAGUUUUAAAUCACAUUCAGCAGACAUCAAAGCUUUAAAUCUAGUACGAAACAUUCGGAGUCAGUGAAAGGUUCAAUAAAACAAACGUCCGUCACUAUUACAGCAAUAAGGCUACGAGAGAGCAUCUUUAAAAGCAGCGGCAAACAUACUUCCUCUUCACGUGCUACCACAAGCUUCCAAAGAUAUACGUAACGGCUAGUCGUUUGCGGGUUACUUCUCAAGUGGGGAAGGUCGAUCCAUUGUGCAACGCCCUCGCCUGGGUCACCGCUGCCGCUGUUUGACUUUCAAAUCGUGGAGGGACAUGCUGAACGCCUGAGAUUUAAAUGAGGACCCGGUCUGUUAACCAUGGGACGGGGCCUUCGGCUGGGCAUUGUUUCAGGGUUGAGCUCCCCGCUGCCAGCACGUCAUAAAUGCAGCAAAGUUUUUUCACGUCAAGGCUGCGAACUCUCGGUGGCGCAAUACCAGAAACAAACGGCGCGGUCAGUUCUCAGUUAGUGUACAUUGUGUGCAUGACUAUGUUGUGAUGUUGUAAAUAAAGAAAAUAAAACGCUUACUUUCUUGU